AAGAAGUGCAAACAUUAACCUCUAUGUUGCGAGCGAAACCAUCGCCGUCGGUUCGUCCGUUUAUUUGUGGUUUAUGCGCAUGACGAGCGCAACUGGUGGUCAAAUAUGAAACUAUUUAACACUAAAUUAAUUGUGCCUUUAGCUGCACGAUUCACUGUUAACUACACCAAGUUUUGCAGUUUUAAAGGUUCUGCAGUUGGAUGGGCCUCCCUGCAUGGUGAUGCUUUCAAUAAAAUUGUGUCUAGCAGUUGAAGAUGACAUCAUAUCAUAGUGGUAACUGCAUCAAAUUUUUUAGGUGCCUAACGGGCGAACGAAAUGUCCUAGGACAACGAUUCUUUCAUCAGAUUGUGUCUAACAGGCGAACGAAAUGUCCUAGGACAACGAUUCUUUCAUCAGAUUUUUUAGGUGUCUAACGGGCGAACGAAAUAUCCUAGGAUAACGAUUCUUUCAUCAGAUUAUAAGUAUUGAAUUUGUAUAUCAUUUACAUUUAUAAUUUGUAUGAUUAGCACACGAGAAACCUGCAAAAAGAUAAUUUUUGUGCUUCGAUAUACUGAGUUUUGCUAGUUUUAGAUGUCUUACGGGCCAACGAAAUGUCCUAGGACAACGAUUUUUUAUCAGAUUGUUUGGAGUAUUUCAAAAAAUAAGCUCGCCAUUGAUUUUGUACUUGUUUAUGAGCAAGGAGAAUGUACGAAACGUGAUCAAUUUAAAAAAAGUUUGGAAGAAGUUGGGCUCAUUUUGGAAGAAGAACCGGCCGUACAAAAUAUUAAAUUUUUGAAAAUUCAUGUACCUGACGAUGUACUACAACAAUACGCCGAGAUUCUCAAAUUGCGAAUGCCUUUAAUAUUAGAAUCUGGAUACAUAAAUAAACCAAACAUUUUCCGAAGAGCCCUAAACAAUUUUCUUUAUACUUGCAACUUCACUUUAGACGAAGAGAAAUUCCCUCCACGAAAGUAUCAUUUGACUUCGGAAUACGUAACUCAUCAGGAUUUCUUGUACGACAAAACCAGUCCUGAUUAUUUCAACAGUGCUACAAGAAUCACUGUGGCGUCAUAUAUUUUGGAAAGAGAAAAAUUUGGAAAUGCUGAUCAUGAUUUUGGAAUUAAAAGACUCUUAUCCGAAGGAGUAUAUAAGGCUGCAUACCCUUUGCAUGAUGGAAGUCUCCGUAAUAACUUGGAUCCGAACUCUUUACGAAAGAAGCUUUUUGACGAGUGGGCAUCAUUCCCCAAAUUAGCAAAAUUUCAACCCAUUGAUGAAAUUAAAGACUAUUUUGGCGUGAAAAUUGCGUUAUACUACGAGUGGUUGGGUUUUUACACGCAUAUGUUAAUUCCUGCAGCAAUUGUUGGAUUCUUAUGUGUUUUAUACGGACUACUGACAAUGAAUAGCGAUCAGCUAAGCGAAGAUAUCUGCACACAAGACGUUAUCAUGUGUCCGCUCUGUGACAAAUUAUGCCCUUUUUGGGAAUUAAAGGAUACGUGCGUCUAUUCAAAAAUUUCCUACAUUGUGGACAAUCCGGUGACCAUAUUUUUCGCGGUAUUCAUGUCCAUCUGGUCGGCCCUGUACCUCGAGCUUUGGAAAAGGUAUAGCGCCGGUAUUGCUCACCGAUGGGGCCUCACCGGGUUCAGUCUGCAAUGCGAACCUCCACGGCCAGAGUACCUCAACAAACUUGCCUACGCAAAGAAAGAAAAGUUGAAUGUAAUCACAGCGCUAUCCGAGCCGGUAGUGCCAUUUUGGAAAAAGAAACUACCUGCAGUUGUGUUGAGUUCAGCAAUAGUUAUUGUUUUUAUGUUGGCAUCAAUUAGUGUGGUUUUUGGAAUUGUUAUCUAUCGAAUGUCUUUAGCGUCAUCAGAGAGCUUAUACGGUGAUGAGACAAGCUUCAGAAUAUACGUAGUGCCUGUUACCGCUGGCAUAAUCAAUUUGGUAUGCAUAGUUAUUCUGAACACUGUUUACUUUAAACUGGCAUACUAUCUGACCGAUUUAGAGCUGCCACGUUCACAAACUGAAUUUGAGGAGAGUCUAACAUUGAAAAUUUACAUGUUCCAAUUUAUUAAUUUCUACACGUCCAUCUUUUAUAUCGCGUUUAUUAAGGGAAAAUUUGUUGGAUAUCCGGCAAAAUACAACACAGUUUUAGGAAUACGACAAGAAGAGUGCCAACCGGGCGGUUGUUUAAUUGAAUUAACUAUUCAAUUGGCCAUUAUUAUGAUUGGUAAGCAAACUUUAAAUAACUUCACAGAGUUUGGUAUACCUCUCAUAAAAAAGAUGCUCAACAAGAUGAGGUUCAAAGCAGAAGAGCCAGAGGAGGUUGAUGGUACCCAUAAUCAAUGGACUGACGAUUAUAAGUUACUAGAUUUAGAACCACAAGGCUUGCUUAGUGAAUAUCUAGAAAUGGUUGUGCAAUAUGGUUUUGUCACAAUAUUCGUCACAGCUUUUCCACUCGCGCCACUAUUUGCCCUAAUAAACAAUGUAUUUGAAAUGCGCCUGGAUGCCAAAAAAAUGAUCAAAUUUUUCAGACGGCCGGUACCAAAACGCGUCAAGAACAUUGGCAUUUGGUACAAUAUUAUGAACCUGCUUUGUCGUAUUUCGAUUGUGUCCAAUGGAUUUAUCAUAGCGUUUUCAUCUCAAUUUAUUCCCAAAUUAGUAUACAAUAUGACCGUCAACAAAGGCGUCAACGACGUGGGCUUUUUAAACUACACCUUAGCAUCAUUUGAUGUGAAUGAUUUCAUUGACGGAAAUGAACCGGAAAAGAAUCCAUGGAAUGUCACCGUGUGCUAUUUUUCGGAUUAUAGAAAUUCACACGAUGUUGAAUCAAAAUACAAGCGUCCUCUUGAUUAUUGGCACAUUAUGACGGCUAGACUUGCAUUCUUGGUCGUGUAUCAAAACUUUGUUGGAAUACUUUUUACAGCUAUUCAAUACGCAAUCCCAGAUAUGCCUAAGAAACUGAAAGAGAGAAUUCAGCGAGAAGCAUAUCAAAUUAAUGAAAGUAUCAUAAAGAGGGACCAAGCUACUCAUAAACACAAGAGGAUAUCAGAAACCAAAGAAUCACUUGAUAGUACAAACAAGGUGGAAUACCUUAACGAAGUCGAUGAUAUCGCAUUACCAAAUAAGGAUCAAAAUGCCGAUAAGCUUCAUCGACGCACACGACCUCAGAGUGAUAAUUUCACUGAACAUCUUUAAUUACAUAUCCUGUUUAAUUUUUUGUAGUUUUCUACUUGUUAUGGCUGAUAUGUUUUGUAGAACUAACCAAUUAAUAAAAGAUAUAUUAAAA